AACAGCUUUACGAUAUGUUGACCGUCGUUUUACGACAGGCUGGGGUUGCUUUGUGGCUGUCAACUUUGCCUGAGGUCUGAGUUGUUAGCCACGGCGUGUGUGGUAGCAGCUACGACUACCGUGGAGAAAUGAGGCAGAAGCGGAAAGGAGAUCUCAGCCCUGCUGAGUUAAUGAUGCUGACCAUAGGAGAUGUUAUUAAACAACUAAUUGAAGCCCACGAACAGGGGAAAGACAUCGAUCUAAAUAAGGUGAAAACCAGGACAGCUGCUAAAUAUGGCCUUUCAGCACAGCCCCGCCUGGUAGAUAUCAUUGCUGCAGUCCCACCUCAGUAUCGAAAGGUUUUGGUCCCCAAGUUAAAGGCAAAACCCAUCAGAACUGCCAGUGGGAUUGCUGUUGUGGCUGUGAUGUGCAAACCCCACAGAUGCCCACACAUCAGUUUUACAGGAAAUAUAUGUGUAUACUGCCCUGGUGGACCUGAUUCAGAUUUUGAAUAUUCAACCCAGUCUUAUACUGGAUAUGAGCCAACCUCCAUGCGAGCUAUCCGUGCUAGAUAUGACCCUUAUCUGCAGACAAGACACCGAAUAGAACAGUUAAAACAACUUGGUCACAGUGUGGAUAAAGUGGAGUUUAUUGUGAUGGGUGGAACGUUUAUGGCCCUUCCAGAAGAAUACAGAGAUUAUUUUAUUCGAAAUUUACAUGAUGCCUUAUCAGGACAUACCUCCAACAAUAUUUAUGAGGCAGUCAAGUAUUCUGAGAGAAGCCUCACAAAGUGUAUCGGUAUUACUAUUGAGACCAGACCAGAUUACUGUAUGAAGCGGCAUUUAGGUGACAUGCUGACCUAUGGCUGCACAAGGCUAGAGAUUGGGGUACAGAGUGUCUAUGAAGAUGUGGCCAGAGAUACCAACAGGGGCCACACUGUGAAGGCAGUCUGCGAGUCAUUUCACCUGGCCAAGGAUUCUGGUUUCAAAGUCGUGGCUCAUAUGAUGCCUGAUCUGCCAAAUGUGGGACUAGAGAGGGACAUUGAACAGUUUACAGAGUUUUUUGAGAACCCUGCUUUUCGUCCUGAUGGUUUGAAACUCUACCCUACCCUGGUGAUUCGUGGAACUGGGCUUUAUGAGCUCUGGAAAUCAGGAAGAUAUAAAAGUUAUUCUCCUAGUGACCUGAUCGAAUUGGUGGCUCGGAUCCUUGCUCUUGUGCCUCCAUGGACUCGAGUGUACCGAGUGCAGAGAGAUAUUCCAAUGCCCUUAGUCAGCUCAGGAGUAGAGCAUGGUAAUUUGAGAGAGCUGGCAUUUGCAAGAAUGAAAGACCUUGGAAUACAGUGUCGAGACGUGAGAACCAGAGAGGUUGGAAUCCAAGAAAUUCAUCACAAAGUACGGCCAUACCAGGUUGAAUUGGUAAGGAGAGAUUAUGUGGCGAAUGGUGGCUGGGAAACAUUCUUAUCAUAUGAAGACCCAGAUCAAGACAUUCUGAUUGGCCUCCUGAGAUUACGAAAAUGUUCGGAAGAAACCUUCCGUUUUGAAUUGGUUGGAGGUGUUUCCAUAGUUCGAGAGCUGCAUGUGUACGGAAGUGUAGUCCCUGUGAGCAGUCGAGAUCCUACUAAAUUUCAGCAUCAGGGAUUUGGCAUGCUUCUGAUGGAGGAGGCAGAAAGAAUAGCUAGAGAAGAACACGGAUCUGGGAAAAUAGCUGUUAUAUCAGGGGUCGGCACCAGGAAUUAUUACAGAAAGAUUGGCUACAGACUACAAGGGCCGUACAUGGUAAAGACGCUGAAAUAAUGGCCACACCGGCCCACCUUGAUGCAGUGUCCUCCCUGGCAGAAAAUAAAGAUUCAAGAUACCUUGACUACUCAGCAGAGAGGCUGAGCAAAACAAAUGGACCUACGCUGCCUCCCUGGCAAGGAGCUUCACCCUCAUCCUGCAGCUGCAGAGACUGGAAACUGCGUUCAGGGCCAGGCCAGGCGCCUGCCGACCAAGCCCACCAAGCCCCUGGUGCCCAGAGCUGCUGCGUGUUCUUCAGUCAUGUAUCCAGUUUCUAAAGUCUGCAUGAAGCCUGCAGUUGAUCUACCAUGACUCAUGCACAGUGACGAAAGCAAAUUAAUCAACUCAUUUGGACACCAUAAUUCAUGAAGUAAAGCUAGCUAUUGUCAUUUGAGGAGUAAACUUGGGAGUAGGUUAUUUAUAUACUGUAGGGACAAAAAGGCUGGAACAUGAAAACUGUCAGGCUUUGAUCUCUGGCCUUUAUGUACAUUCUGGCACAAGAAAAUGAGCUCUUGUUUUAAUGGAAAUAAUUCUGAUUCCCAUGCUGAUGUUUGAAAUAACAGUGUGAUGAGGAGAGAGGAAUUGAAGUUGUAGGUUUGUGUGUGAAGCUUGAAACCAGCCUUUCUCAUGUGGGGGUCUCCCAUCUACUCUGGGCCCUUACAAACACCCUUUGUUUUGCACUUUUUCUUGUCUGUGCUCCCCCUACUCUAGACAACUGCAGAACAGCGUGGGCAGCAGCAUUUAGUUUCCCCUCUUGUGUGUCCUGAGCAGGCAGAGUCUGACAUGCACAUGCCUGAGCUUGUGUGGCCCUAAGUCAAGGUUCGCUUCCACAGAAGCAGUUUCCUGCAUUAUGAUUCUUUAAGAGGGACUUUGGCUUGUUUUAAAUGAAAAAAGAUAAGAGUUCAACUCCUAUCAAAGCAAAAAAGUGGAAAAUCCACUUUCUGCAUUUGGCCCAAAUCCAAAAAUAGGAAAAAGAUUGGCUUUUUCAAAGGUUUGUAUUCAGGAACUCCUCUUUGUAACUUCCAGGUAAGCUGCAGAAGAGACUCAGCCUGGAGAGGGCCAAUUCUUAAGAGCAUGGCUUAAACCUGUACCCCCUGGCUUCUGUGGCAUUUUACAAAGGUUUCUUAAAUGGAAUUGAUUCCCCUGAAAAAUAAAAUCUUCAACAUAUAGAGAA